UGUGUUCUCCGUCACACCAUCAUUGCCAACAUGUCAUGAGUUUUGAAGUAUUUCUACCCAUACCCAGCACUCAUCACGUCUUCACUAUAUAACGCGCUGCCGUCCAUCACGUACUUUCCUUUAUUCAGCUGGUCCAGGCUGGACGAUGUGGUGGUGGCUGCUUGCUGUGGUGUUUGUGGGGCUGGUGAUCACCUUCCUGACCUUCGGGCGGCGCUACAAGGUGUUCAGUGAGAAGAACGUCAGGCCUCCAGGAGCUUUGGAGAACGACGACAAAAAGAGGGAUGACAGGCUGAAGAGAGGUUUUCGCAUCGAUCGUGUUCCUCAGGGUUUGGAUGCUGUGGUUAUUGGCAGCGGGAUGGGAGGUUUGACAGCAGCAGCGCUGUUGUCCAAAGCUGGAAAGAAGGUUCUGGUUCUGGAGCAACAUGAUCAGGCUGGUGGAUGCACGCACACCUUUCAAAAUAAAGGAUUUGAGUUUGAUGUGGGCAUUCAUUACCUGGGCCAGCUUCAUGAGAACAGCCUGCUGAGGGUUGCGUUGGAUCAGAUCACAGAAGGCCAGCUGCAGUUUCAUCGACUGGAGCAACACUUUGAUACUCUGCUUUUGGGCCCGCCUGGACAGCAUAGAGAGUAUCACAUCCAUGCUGGAAAGACUGAAAUGGCAGCCAGCCUGAAGAAACAGUUCCCAGGGGAGGAGGACGCCAUUGACGAGUUUUUUCGCUUGAUGAAGUUAGCCUCACAAAGGACGCCACUGAUUGCCUGUUUGAAGAUGAUUCCUUAUUGGCUAGUCAAUUUCCUGAUUUGGACUGGCCUAUUGGAUCGCAUAUCUACCGUCUUCCGCCUAGCGACAACAAACCACUCCGAAAUCAUGUCCUGUCUCACAGACAACAAGGACCUACAAGCUCUAUCUGCCUACCUUUUCUAUGGUGUGCCCCCUAAACAGUCCAGCUUUCUCAUCAAUGCACUUCUUGUCCAUCAUUACAAACGUGGCGCAUACUACCCACGAGGGGGCGCCAGUGAAUUUGCCUUCCAUAUCAUCCCAGUCAUCCAGCAAACAGGGGGCGCUGUCUUGGUCAGAGCUCCCGUGCAGCGUGUUCUGCUAAACCAGCAAGGGAACGCUUGUGGUGUGACAGUGCUGAAAGGUCAGGAGGAGAUUGAGAUCUUUGCUCCUGCUGUCAUCUCCAAUGCAGGAAUCUUCAACACCUUCCAGAAGUUUUUGCCGCAGCACAUCCAAGAAAAAGCAGAGAUCCGGUCCUUGUUGAGUAUGGUUCGCCACGGCAUGGGUUCCUUCUUGGUCUUUGUUGGUCUGGACGGAACCAAAGAAGAGCUGGGAGUUGUUUCCACCAAUUUCUGGAUGUAUAAAGACAACGACCUUGACUCACUGAUGGAAGAGUACUCUUCACGGAGCAGAGAACAGGUAUUGGGGAACAUUCCCAUGAUGUUCAUCACCUUUCCAUCCGCCAAAGAUCCCACAGCCAGCGUUCGACACCCAGGCAAGUCCUGCAUGACUUUACUCACUAUGGCUCGCUAUGAGUGGUUUGAGGAGUGGGAGGGGACAAAGCUGGGCAAGAGGGGGCAGGACUACCUGGAUCUGAAACACGCCAUGUCUCAAGAACUGCUGGACUGGGCCCUGACCAUCUUCCCCCACCUGAAAGACAAGGUGGUCAUGGUGGACGCUGCCACCCCGCUGACUAACGUCCACUACCUGGGUGCCCCAAGAGGUGAAAUGUACGGUGCUGAACACAACCUGGAGCGCUUCACCCCACAAACGGUGGCAAGGACCAGAUCCCAAACACCAGUUGGUGGUCUCUACUUAACAGGUCAGGAUGUGUUCUGUAACGGCAUGGCUGGAGCUUUGCACGGUGGAAUACUCUGUGCGUCGGCCGUCCUCAAUCAGAUCCUCUACGUCGACCUACUAGCCCUCAAGACCCGCAUGAAAAGAAAACGUGCCAAUCAUAAACUUGCCUGAAUUGGAUUUGCCUCAUAAAUCCUCAAACAACAAAUACUCCACAUAAACACACCUGUUUAUUACCUGGGAUGCGCAGUAAACACAUUGCCUUGAUCAAAUAUCUUCAAACGUGUCUGCCUUCAUUGCUGAGAUGGUCCUUGUGAAAGGAGUUGUUAUGUUUUGCUCUUAUUUGUUGUAGCGCUGCCCCAGGAUGCAAAGACACAUCAAAAAAGAUCUUUAUUGUCCAAAACUCAGCUCACUAAGAUCGACACGGCUCACCAAGGCUAACACAACAAAAUCUAAAAAUACAAAAGCUCAAAGCAAAGUAGAAGUAGCGAAUGGCAUCAACUCACCACUGAAAUGACGUACAAUAUUCCCAGCAGACAUCAUGUCCAGUCUGGUUCCAGGGACGAUGACGUGCUGAGUGCUCACCAGGGACCAAGCACAUGCUGUGGCGCUCUUAGAGGCGAUUCGAUCGUGAGAGAAGACAUUUGACCUAUUUUAACCUAAUUUGUCUAUUGAGAUGGCUCUAAUCAUAUAACAUCAAAUAUUUUUGAAGCUGUUCAUUGAGGUUU